CGUGUACAUACAUACGUCCAUUCUCCCCUCCCCCCUGUUCUUCACUUGCUAUUAUAUGCUAGCUAGAUGGCAAUUCCGUUCCUCUGUUGCUUCUUUACCUUAUUAUAAUUUAUAUAUAUAUACACAUAUAUAUUCUGCCCCGCACCCGACCCUGGCUUGAAGUAGGGAAGGGGAAGAGGAGAUGACUGGAUUCGACGAGCUAGCGGAAACAGACGGGGACGAUGAAUUCAAGGCGUGGUUGUCAAAGCUCUUGGAUGCAAAGCAGGAGAUUGUGGCUUUUGUGGCCUCUCGUCGACCGGGCAGGGCUGUGGGGGUGUUUGACGGGUAUCUCAAGGGCUCGUUCAAUCUCAGUCUCGUUGUGCGAUUUAGUGACGGAGAAGAAGAUGGCGAAGGAAAGGGAGCAGGACCGAAAGCCGUGAUCCGCUUCCCGAAACCAGGCCACACCGCCACGGAUAUCCGGGACGAGAAAGUCCGGAAUGAAGUCCAGGUCUUGCAAUUCCUGAGCGAGAGGACUAGUAUUCCUGUGCCUCGGGUGGUGAGCUGGGGCUUGCUCGCCGACAGUCCGCAGCAGCUCGGCCCCUUUAUAAUCAUGGACUACGUCGACGGUGUCUCGCUGGCAACGCUCCUCAAGCAGCCCACCGCCACCGAACAAGACGAGGUCAUCCUCGCAGACGCCGUCGACGACGCAAAGCUCGACUACGUCUACGAGCAGCUCGCCGCAUACAUGCUCCAGCUCUCCCGCCUCGACUUCGCCGCCAUCGGCGCAAUAUCAAAGUGUCCGGCUACAAACACAUGGCACGCCCGCGAGCGGCCCCUAACAUACAACAUGAACGAGCUCAAGACCGUAGUCUCAGCCUACCCGGACCACGACGGCCGUCCCACCGCCCCCUUCCCCACCGCCUCAUUCUUCCUCCACUUCCUCGCCGACGAACACCUCAUCCACCUCCGCACGCAGCGCAACCUCGCCGACGACCGCGAGGAUGCCAAGAAACGCUUCGUCGCCCGCCACCGCUUCAAGCAGCUCGUCCCUCGCUACUGCACCCACGACGCCGGCCCGUUCAAGCUCUUCUGCGACGACCUCCAGCCGACGAACAUGCUCGCGGACCCGGACUCGCUGCGCAUCACCGCCGUGCUGGACUGGGAAUUUACAAACGCUAUGCCGGCGCAGUUUGCGCACGAUCCGCCGUGGUGGCUGCUGCUGCUGGGGCCUGAUAUGUGGCUUGAGCGUCACUCGAUGGAAGAGUUCAUGGCGCGUUAUGGGCCUAGGUUGGAGCAGUUCUUGCGGGCGUUGGAGCGGGUGGAGAGGAAGGGGUCCGAAGAAAAAGGGGUCGAGCGAGAUGGUACACUUCCUCUGCUUUCUGAGCGCAUGCGUGAGUCCUGGGCGACGGGGAGGUUCUGGUUUGACUAUGGGAUUAGGAAGAGUUUUGAUGUCGAUGCGGUGUAUUGGGCUGCGCUUCACAAGGAGGGCGAUGAUGAUGAUGAUGUGCUAGGAGACGAGAGCAUGAGAGCGGAGAUGGAGAGGUUUGUGGACGUGAAGAUGGAGCAGUUGGAGGCUUAUAAAGCAGAGUGCGAAGUCCGGUUUGCUUCGUGACGCUCUGGUGUCUAUAGGCUUUUUGUCUAGAGCUCUCUUGUACACUUUUUUUUCUUCUCACUAAGAAUCUCAUACCCCUUUUAUGUUAAACUAGAAUGAGAUAAGUUUCGACCUUCAA